GCGGUUGAAUCGCAAGGAUUUCAUUAUAUAAACUAGUAUAAAUAACAGCAGCCAUGCUUAAGCAGAUAUUAUCCGACAUGUUUAUCGACCCAGAACUUUUAGCAGAACUUAGUGAAGAACAGAAACAGAUCUUGUUCUUUAAGAUGAGAGAAGAACAAGUACGGAGAUGGAAAGAAAUAGAGGCCAAACUUGAAAAGAAUGAAGUCGUACAGAAGUGCAACAAACCAAACAAAGCUUCACAUAAAACCGUAAAUUGGAAUCUUGGUGCAAACCAGGAAGUCUGGGUUUGGGUCAUGGGUGAACAUUCAUCAGACAAACCUUAUGAUGUUGUCUGUGAUGAAAUAAUUGCAGAACAAGCACGCAAGCAAGCAGAGAAAGAAGCAGAAGAGCGGAGGAGAGCACAAGAACAAGAAUUAUCCAAACUAACAAAGACCCUGACAUUGCGCACACAGAAUGAAACAGUGGAGAGGUGCAAGGAAAAUUCUGAAAACAAGUUUACAGCAAAAGAAGAAGCUAAAAUAGCAGAAGUUAAAAUAAAUGAGGAGAAUGAGAAUAAAUCUACAAUCGUGAAGUCCAAAACAAAGGAAAAUGAAAAAUUAGAAGAACGUACUCAAGAAAUUUAUAUGAAUUGGAAAGAAGCUCAAGAGAUCAAACAAAAGAUAGAGAAAGAAGAUUCUGAGUGGCAAGAAACACUAAAAAAAUCAAAAGCAGCUGAUGAGAGACGGAAAUCUAUGGCUAAACAGGCCAGGGAUGACUACAAAAGGCUGUCAAUGCAGGCCAUUAAUAAAGGAAGUGUGGCUGAGAAGGCCCAACAUUUUGGAGACAUUAAACGACCCCUUUUACCACCUAAACCAAAGCUAUCUUCAUCUACAAAUAGUAGGAUAAACAGAUCUGAACGAAGACAGGGUUUACGAAGAUUAAAUUCCAGCUGCACACGUGAUAAUAUCAUCAAAUGGUUUAGAGAGGAGCAACUUCCUCUACAAGCUGGCUGGGACAGAUCUGGAAGCAGCAUUGCACCUUGGUUUCAUGGUAUCAUCUCAAGACUAGAAUCAGAAGACCUUUUAAAAGUCCAGGAGCCAGGAAGCUUUCUUAUUCGUGUCAGUGAGAAGAUCCACGGCUAUGUUCUCUCAUAUCGCUACGAAGAAGGAUACAUGCAUUUUCUUAUAGAUGCUUCUGGCACCGCCUACAGCUUUUUGGGAGUGGAUCAACGACAGCAUGCAACUCUGGCUGACCUUGUAGAGUAUCACAAGACUGAGCCCAUUACAUCUUUGAGAAAGGAGCUGCUACUGUACCCAUGUGGUCAACACAAGAACAUCUGUGACUAUAGUGACCUCAUAUAAAAGGACUGGACUUUUUCUUCUCAU